AGCCUUCUGGCACAAACACUUUCCCCCACACGUCAAGGUCUUGGUGGAGUCCUGCUGAGACAACACAUAAUUCGAGAUCCAGCCAGACUUUGGAAUCUCCUAGGUAGCACUUACUAUUUUACUACUUCAGCCUCUCAAAGGAGCAACCAGAAGAAUGGAGGAUUCAAGAAGAGAUCUCCACAGGAGGAUGAAGAGGAGGAGAAACGCAGGAGAAGGGAAAACCAGCUGCACGUGGAGCGCUUACGGGCCCUCCUCAUCCUCACCUUCCUCGUGCUGAUGUUCCGGUUCAUGGUGGGGGAGAACAGAGAAGGGACCAACAUCUCCUGGAACUACUUUGUGAACGAGAUGCUGGCCAAGGGGGAGGUCCAGAGAAUCGAGGUGGUGCCUGAGAGUGAUAUCGUGGAGAUCUACCUGCACCCGGGAGGAACCCCACGUGGGCAAGUUAACGUGACCCUGCUGUACACCAUGCGGGUGGCAAACAUCGACAAGUUCGAGGAGAAGCUGAGAGCUGCAGAGGAUGAGCUGAACAUUGAUGAGAGAGAGAGAAUCCCCGUUUCCUACAAACAUCCUGGAUUUUAUGGAAAUGAUGUCAUCUCCCUGAUCGUGACACUGAUGGCAGUGUCCAUGUUGUGGAGCAUCUUCCGCCUCAUCCGCGUUGCGGGGCGGGCCGGAGGCUUCAACGCCUUUAACCAGCUGAAGAUGGCUCGUUUCACCAUCGUGGAUGGGAAGUCUGGAAAAGGGAGAAUGCAUGAGGCAAAAAUGGAAGUCAAAGAAUUUGUGGACUAUUUAAAGAGUCCUGAUCGCUACCUUCAGCUUGGGGCUAAAGUGCCCAAGGGUGCCUUGUUGCUUGGGCCACCAGGCUGUGGGAAGACCUUGCUGGCAAAGGCUGUGGCUACAGAAGCACAAGUGCCAUUUUUGGCCAUGGCAGGCUCCGAGUUUGUGGAGGUGAUAGGAGGGCUGGGGGCGGCGCGGGUGCGCAGCCUGUUCCGCGAGGCGCAG